AACCCCCUCUGGUAGCCAGAGCAGCAUUUAAUUGUGGAGGGCUGAGCCGGGGUAAGGAGUAAUCAGAUGAGGACGCAAGGCAGGGGGAGUCACAUGGGCACGCAUGCUGGCUAACCAGGGAUUAAUAACACUGGCAUCUUGAUUGGAGUUCAGCUGCUCUCCCUCCCGGAGUGCGAGGGAGGAGGCUUGGUGACAAAAAGGCGAAGAAAAAGAGAGACGAGCGGGACAGUUACAAUGACAGGAGACAAUAAAGGACUGACAGUGGAGAGAGAAACAGGGAGAGACGAGGGCAGCGAGUUAGUGCCGUGAGAGGGAGUGGGAGGAAAAAGAGUGGGAAUUGGAGGCAGUGCAGUGCAGUGCAGGGGGGGAGCAUGGAAAAGAGAGGGAGCGAGUGAGCUGUAGAGACGAGAAGCCUCUGCUGCUGUGAGCCAGUGAGGCGCUGGAGGGCUGGAAGAGGAGACGCAGGUCCAAAAGAAGGAUUGAGGAGCUCCAGAGACAGGAGUGGGGGUAGAAGGCAAAAAAAGGAGGCAGGGUGAUAACAUCACAAACAGAAAACGGGGCUCCAGUGGUUUGGGAGUGAGCUUCAAGUGGGAGCAAAUCGGAUAAAAGUUGUAGAAAAAAAGGCAGCAGCGGAGAGCGGAGACAGAUUGAGGAGAUACAGCCCAAGUUGAUGGCAAAAGUGGGAGGAGAUUUAUGGCAAAAGAAAAGGAAGCUCUCGCUAUCGCAGGAGUCCUUUCCCCCCGUGCAUCUCGUGGACAUCAUCCGUCAGCAUGUUCUCUGACAGCAGGGCUCCGGCGGCCAGAGAGCACAGAACCUUCAAGCCUCACGCCCCUCACUUCAUCCCGUGGCUGCGCAACAGUCUCAAGUCCCAGCAAAGCUCCGACAUGGGGCUCAACGGGCCGUACAAAUCCAAUCCUGAGCUUCAUGACAAUCUGGCCCCUCUGGAAAGAACCAAAGGGAUCGGGAUCUUCUCCAUCCCGGGGAAGAACAAGCCCAAGAAGAGCGAUCUGCGUUGCAACGGCGUGGGAAUGGCCAGGAUGCUGCCGGUGGUGCUGAGGGGCCACCACAUCUUGGGAAAACAGAAGGAAGGCAGUCCCGCAAAGUCCAAGCAGUCCUCAGAAGUGGAACUAGAUCCCAUUAGUCACGACAACCUGAGUGACGCUCCCACAUCUGUCUCCCCAGUCAGCAAAUACUCGCCUCUUGCGGGUAGUCCCCUGGUUCCUGCACCCGCUCUUCUAAUUGACGGUCCAGACGCUAAGGUCGGCGUCUGCAUGGAAGAGAGGAGGGCGGACGUCUGGGACUACACCAGCCAUGUUAUUCAUCAGAGAGACCUGCAGUCAUCCGUCUGGCUCAGUUCAAACCCUCAGGGAUCGACAAAAGAUGGACAGCGUAGCUUCAAAUCCAGCUUCAGCUACAUCAGCAGGAACUGCCAGAGCCAAAGAGACCUGAGCGUACUCAGAGAGCCACCUGUGGAAGGCUCCAGUGCACCACUCAAUGGAGUCAUCUUCUCCACUGAGGUUCCUCACAGGGGUCUAGGCUUUACAACCACUCUGAGAGGUCCGGGAAAGCACGGGAAGCGUCUGCAGGCACUGGGCCCGAACCAAGCCAGGUGGCUCCGCCACAAACCAAAGAGUGAGGAGGAAUCACCGAGGAAGGGGACGGACUGCAGUAGAAAAGUGAUUCGCAACCAGCUCAAGCGGGUGGUGGACAAUCUGGAACAGGUUCUGACUGCACUGAGGGAUGUCCAGCAGGAAAUGAAAGAGGUGGUGCAUCAGAUCGACUACCUGACCUCCUGCAUAGACCUGGAUGAAGAGGAGCAGCAGGCAGCGGGAGACGAAAGCUGCUCCUCUUCAGGCUCCAAUGAGGUGACAGUGAUCAGCGGCCACCCGAGGCCAUCGGUGUCCAUCGACCACCGAGGAGCCACUUUCACUCUGAGAAGAGACCAUCCCAGUGGGAGGAGAACACCCCCCGUCGAGUUGCCAUGCCAACUUAGCACUGAGUUGACCAGAACUCUUCGCUUUGGAAAUUCUCCCCGGCGAGGAGGGCUGCUAACGUUCAACAAUCCCGAUUCUUCCACUCAGUCUCACCCCACAUCGUCCCCUCAAAGAAGCCUUCCCAUUCGGCCGCCCACCCCCGGACUGUCCCCCCUGACAGUCAACCUACAAGCGCCCGGCAGCCCCCGGUCUCCUCCGUCCUCCCCCAUCAUGAUCAGCCCCAUUUCCCCAGUGUCCCCGAAGUGUCAUCCGACAGCCGUGCUCAGCCCAUCUGUCAUCAUCGAGCCCCCGCGAAGCGACCACCCGGCAUCCGUGCGUUUCUGUCCGUCCGCGACAUCUCGACACCCGUCUGCCAGCUGCCCACCCACAGACUCGGAAACAGCUGUCCACGCUGACAGAGAGAAAAGAGCGUCCUCGGCUGGGCCACCCCUGGCCGGGGCCGCCAAACAGACAACGGGGCAAGGCCGAAAGGGUCGCAAGCCUCCGCCGUACCCCCACCAUAGACUCUCGGACCCCGCGAAGACAACGCAGGAUCCCCGCAAAGCUCCUCCGUACCCCGAGAAGAGAAGACUGCUCUCAACCACGGUGUGAGACUGCGGCCCCUCCAAAAGCAAGUCAUUUCUAUCCAACAGGAGCGUUCCAAGGCCGGGGGCCACAUCAAGCUAAGACAGACCAGGGUUUCCAAGGUGACAGGACAUAGACUUGGGCUAUCACCUAGAUGUGCUUUACUUCCUGUUGGGACCACCGAUGGACACCUGGCUGGUGGCAAAAAAACAAAAAAAAAAAACAUACUAAAAACAGUUUCCUCAACCUACAUGGGCCUCCGCCAGAACGAGAGAUGACGCAGCAAAUCAAACAAGCAGGUGGGGGCAACACCAAGAGAACGUCCUGAAUGGUGGAAGGAGGCGUGGCCACAACAAUCGCUCAGGAAGACAGUCCAAACACGACCUUCCCUUCAUGAAACCCAAAUAAAGUUUCAACCUUUUUUUCUCUCUUCCUCAUCUCUGCCUGAUUUCAUUUGUUGUUUGGGAUGUAUGGCGGUUACAACCCGAGGGUGAUAAAACGGGUUUCCAUGGAGACAAGUGAAGGAAGAUGAGGUGAAAAAUGAGACAAUAAAUCAAAGGGAAAGCAAAGUGGUGGUGCUGAUGAUGUGCGUCAUUCACUUUGGCUCAGUAAUGUAAAGCCAACCUAUUAGAGACUUAAUCUUAUCACGCCUGAAGAAUAAUUAAUAAAAAUGCAGUGUAACUUAUAAAUAGUGCAUCUCUGGCAACGCAUAAUUCACGUUCAUGGCCCGCAUCAAAGCCAGCACAGAAUGUCUAGCUUUGUUUGAAUAAUUAAAAAAAAAAAAAAAA